GCCACUAAAGCUCCCGGAGUGCUCCUCUCUCAACACUAUUUAGAAGCUUAAAUAGUUAAAGCCUUCCAGGCUAAGGAAUUUCUUCCACUCAUCACCUAUUUAGCCAACCCUACCAUUUAUUAUAUAAAAGCCACCAAGAGCUAAAAAGAAGAAAUCCCUCCUUUCCUCUUCACACACUCUCUCUCUCUCUCUCUCUCUCUCUCUCUCUCUCUCUCUCUCUCUCUCUCUCUCUCUCUCUCAAAGGAACUGCUUCUGGAUGUGAUUCUCCACCAUCUCUCCACCAUAACCCUUAAAGAAUCUAAUCAGAAAGAGGAAGAAGCUAAGGGGAAAGAAGAAAAGAAAAACACUAUGGUUUUUUCUUCAGUUCCAGUCUACUUAGAUCCACCAAACUGGAACCAGCAACAAUCGCACCAGCAGCACCAGAGCGCAAGCGGCGGCGGCGGCGGCGGCCUUUCCGACGUAGCUCACCCGCUCCCGCCGGGCCUGCAGGCCGCGCCACGCCCUGAGGCCCCGAGCAUGGCAGCUGCGGCCGGCGGCCCUGCCCGGCCCGGCUCGAUGGCGGACCGUGCUCGUCUCGCGAAGAUCCCCCAGCCGGAGCCGGCGCUCAAGUGCCCGCGGUGCGACUCGACCAACACCAAGUUCUGCUACUUCAACAACUACUCCCUCUCGCAGCCACGCUACUUCUGCAAGACCUGCCGCCGCUACUGGACCCGCGGAGGCACCCUCCGCAACGUCCCCGUUGGCGGCGGUUGCCGACGCAACAAGCGGAGCAAGUCCUCCUCUGGAGGCUCCUCGAAAUCCGCCUCGGCGUCCGCUGCCGACCGCCAUAUCAGCGGCACGUCCUCCUCUUCCUCCACAGCUGCAGGCGGCGGCGGCGGCAGUGCAAACAUUCCAACCACCAUCCCACCGCCGCCAACACAACUGCCCUUCAUGGCCAGUUUGCACUCGCUAGCUGAGUACACCGGCGGCGCAUCGAACUUAGGGCUCGCCUUUAGCGGAAUCCAACCGCUCGAACCUAUAGAUUAUCACAUCGGAAGCAGCUCGGCUCUCGGGUUAGAGCACUGGAGGCUCCAGCAAAUCCAGCAGUUCCCUUUCUUGGGAGGGGUGGAGCCGCCGCCACCUCCGCAGGCCCCGCCAUCCCUCACAAUUCCGGGACUUUAUCCUUUCGACGGAGAAGGCGGGAAUGACGGUUUCAGCACUCAGGUGCUUCCGAAGAUAUCAAGCUCUGGCCUUGUCUCGCAACUGGCUUCAGUGAAAAUGGAAGAUAACUCGCAGGGACUAAGCUUAGCGCGACAGUACUUGGGUGUUCCGGGAAAUGACCAAUACUGGGGAGGAGGUGGCGGCGGCGGCGGCGGCGGUAGUGGCGGUGGCAGUGGCGGUGGUGGGUGGACAUCAGAUCUCUCCGGAUUCAACUCUUCAUCGUCGGGGAAUAUCUUGUGAUCUAGUUUCUCUAUGUUCGAUAGUUUUCACAUGCAGUAGCCUCACGCUACGAAGCUCAAUUUUUGCUAUGGCUUCAAAGGGAAGGAAUUCAAGGAAUUUAACUACUUAAGUAGAAGAGGAAGAAGCAUGAAUUUGGUUACUGCAACACCUUUAAUCUACUGAUGAAGGUCUACCGAAGACGAUGAUAGAAAUUGUAGGCAAGUUUCUUUUCUUAGAUUUAUUGGCAAUCUAGUGUCUUAUCUUCUUCUUCUUCUUCUUCUUCUUUUAUUUUUAUUUUUAUUUUUAUUUUUAUUUUUAUUUUUGUAUGCUAUAGUAUGGUGAUGGCAAUGGUUCAUGAGUUAAUGGGUGGUGAUGUCUCUGACUUGAAGAGUUAGUUGUUAGCAACGAACAAGAACAAUGCAUGUAUUUCUACUUCAUUUGCAAUGAGUAUCAUCUUAUAACUAAGUUAA